AUGCACUUCUCCGCCGCCUUGGCACUGGCCUUAUCGCCGGCCGUGCUCUCGGCAUCGGCCUCGGCCCCGGCGUCGCAGCGACCUCCGUCCCCGGCCAAGUUCGCCCCGAGCCCCGAGCACGCGAGGGAGAAUGCGCCGCACGUCUUCAACGCAGUGCACUCCGCCAUGCGGCAGUGGGGGUCUUCCAUCCACCACAACGGCCUGGGCGUCAUUCCGGCGACGGUGCCGAGGGGCACUCUGCUGUACCACGGGGCCAGGAGAAACGAGACUCCAGCGGCGUUCGAGUGGCUCGCAUUCGAAAUGGAGCAUUCGGAAGGGUUCGCGAGGAGUUGGAGGGGCGGUGAUGGGUUCAGACCACCGAGGCCACCAGGACCGCCUGGUAAGGGACAUAGACCGCCAGGGUGGGGAGACGAUAAGGAUGGGCAGAGGGUUUUGACCGGCGAUGAUGAUGAUGAUGGUCAUCACGCGCCGACCGGCGAGCCAGCUUCGAGGGGGUACUUCCACACCUACCGCGCGAACCGCGACCUCAAGCUCCUCUACAUCGACGGCAUGGGCGCCGGUAAGACGAACAUGGGGACCCUCGACACGCAAGACUUCCUCCUACGCGGGGUGCUCUCGGCGCCGGCGCUCGGCGAGUACGAGCGCGCGCGGGACGUCUGCGCCCUCGUCAAGUCGUGGGGUCUCGACGGGGUGAUUCGCAUGGAGAUCGGGUUCGAGGCGAUUUACUGCGACUUCUCCGACGGGCUGGACCAGGUCAGCGUGCUGAGGCGGCCGUGGAGCGAUCAGGCGGAGGGCGUCGGCAGCAUCGACAUGUUCGAGUGGGCAAGGGCCGUCGGGCAGCGGUAUGACGGCAUUGGGGGCGGGAGGGUGCGGUUGGGGUUUGGGAGCAUGGUCAGCAGUGCGUGGUACCCCGUCAACGUGAGUAAUCCGAACGGGAGGAAGGAGAUGCCGCGGCUGGGGAAGUUGGAGGAGGGUCAGAGGGAUGUGAUUCUGAAGAGGGUCGAGGAGGUAGUGAAAGGCGGCGUGGUCGGGAGCGUUGAUUGGCAGGGGGUCGUGGAUAUGAUUGUGUCGAGGCACGCGGACCGGAUCGAGGCGUUGGCGGAUGAGGGCGAGGACGGGGGUGAUUACGCUUUCGUGAGCCAGGUGUUGGUCGUCACGAAUACCUUUGUGGAUUACCUGCGCGACGAGUCCGACGCGGACGUCACGAUGAAGGGGGAUAUCGUCGCGGAUGCGAAGGGCCGGUGCGUCAGGCAGUAUCUCACACCCGCCGCGGUAUGGAAGGACGAGUGGACCGCGGAGGACGCCCUCAUCUUCGAGGCCGUCAAGACGGUCGUGGAGCGGAUCUGCGGCGACCUAUACGCCGUGCGCGGGAUCGUCCUCGAGGCGGAGCCCAAGCUGGCUUCCGCGUUCUCCGAGGCGGAGAUGACACGCGUCGUCGGCGCCAGUGCUCGCGAGAGGGAGAUCGGAGACGCGGUGCGGAGGGGACGGGAGGUCGUCCGGGGGUUGAAGGGGUAUCUGGGCUGGAGCGUGUGGAAGAAGUGUAAGCCCGGGUGCGGGGUGGCCGAGGUGUGCUUCGUGGCGAUGUGGCCGUUCGGGUUGAAGCGGGAUCACUACAGCCCGAGCUGUCAGAACCGGACGGCGUUGAUGGGGAGGAGGACGGUGGACGGGGAGGGGUAUUGGGACUUUGAGCCCGGUCCAUUUGGGGUUUGA